UGUUCCUGAGUGUUUGUUUUGUCACCGCGUUAGCGAAAAGAAAAUUCCGCGGGUCACUUGACUGUUUGGGAAUAAUGUCGGGCAAUGUUGGGAUGGAACAGCUUAUCCCGUUGGUUAACCGGCUGCAAGAUGCAUUUUCCUCAUUAGGAGUCCCACUUAAUUUGGAUCUGCCUCAGAUCGCUGUAGUCGGAAGCCAAAGCGCAGGAAAAAGCAGUGUUUUGGAAAAUUUCGUCGGUCGAGACUUUCUCCCUCGUGGAAGUGGGAUUGUCACACGCCGUCCUUUGGUCUUGCAACUAAUCAAUUCGCGCAACGAAUAUGCUGAAUUCCUACACUGUAAAAACAAGCAGUUUACAGACUUUGAUGAGGUUCGCAAGGAAAUAGAAGCGGAGACAGACAGGCUAACUGGAAGUAACAAAGGAAUUUCUAACACCCCUAUUAAUCUUCGUGUUUACUCUCCCAAUGUUCUCAACUUAACUCUGAUUGACUUGCCUGGAAUGACUAAAGUUCCUGUCGGUGAUCAACCUCUAGAUAUUGAAGUUCAAAUUAGAUCAAUGAUUUUGGAAUUUAUUACGCAGGAAAAUUGUUUAAUUUUGGCUGUUUCCCCCGCGAAUUCCGAUUUAGCUAAUUCAGAUGCAUUAAAGUUGUCCAAAGAAGUAGACCCUCAAGGUUUGCGAACAAUAGGAGUAGUAACAAAGUUGGAUUUAAUGGAUCAGGGUACGGAUGCUCGAGAAAUCUUGGAAAACCGUCUUCUGCCACUUAGAAGAGGCUAUAUCGGUGUGGUUAAUCGUAGUCAGCGGGAUAUUGAAGGUCGUAAAGAUAUUAAAGCUGCUUUAGCAGCUGAAAGAAAAUUCUUUCUAAGUCAUCCAUCUUAUCGUCAUAUGGCUGAUCGAAUGGGAACACCAUUUUUGCAAUCUACAUUAAAUCAACAAUUAACUAAUCAUAUUCGAGAUACUUUACCUGGUCUAAGAAAUAAACUCCAAUCACAAAUGUUAGCUAUGGAAAAAGAAGUUGAAGAAUAUAAACAUUACAAACCUAGUGAUCCAUCUUUUAAAACUAAAGCUUUGCUCCUAACAGUACAAAGUUUUGAAAAAGAUUUUCAUCAUGCAAUUGAUGGAGGAGGUUCUGAAAUAGACACAAAAACGUUAUCUGGUGGCGCAUUAAUUAAUCGUAUAUUCCAUGAGCGUCUACCAUAUGAAAUGAACAAGAUCGAAACUGAUGAAGAAGAAUUACGGAAAGAAAUAAGUUACGCCAUUCGUAAUAUACAUGGUAUUAGAACUGGAUUAUUCACGCCUGAUCUAGCUUUCGAAACUAUAACUCGUAAACAAAUUGAUAAAAUGAAAAUACCGUCAUUGAAAUGUGCUGAUUUAGUUGUGGCUCAAUUGACUGAAAUUGUACACGCAUGUACGGCACGUAUGGAGAAUUUUCCACGCUUAAGAGAAGAAACAGAGCGUAUUGUGAAUCAAUGGAUUCGUGAAAGAGAAAUUCGUGCCAGAGAUCAAAUUGUACUGUUAGUUGACAUACAAUUAUCCUAUAUGAAUACCAAUCAUGAAGAUUUUAUUGGUUUUGAAAGUGCAGAACAACAGUCGUCAGAAGUAGCAAAAAAUAAACCUGGAAAUAAGGUCAGCUCAGUAAUUCGUAAAGGUUGGUUAUCUUUGCAAAAUGUUACUUUGCUUCGUGGAGGUAACAAAGAUUUUUGGUUUGUAUUAAAUACUGAAUCAUUGACCUGGUACAAAGAUGAUGAGGAGAAAGAAAAGCGUUAUGUUCUAUUAUUGGAUGGUUUAAAAAUACGCGAUAUUGAAACGGGAUUUUUCGGUAAAAAGCAUGCUUUUGCACUAUUUUAUCCGGAUAAUCAUAAUGUCUACAAAGAUUAUAAACAAUUGGAAUUGUGUGCUGAAUCAGCUGAAUUAGUUGAUUCAUGGAAGGCAUCAUUUUUGCGUGCUGGUGUUUACCCAGCUAAAACUAAAUCGGAAAAAACGGAGCAAUCUGACACUUCAUCACUUGAAUCCAGUGAGCCUCAGCUGGAACGUCAAGUAGAAAUUAUACGAAAUCUAGUCGAUUCAUACAUGAAAAUUGUGAUUAAAACGCAGUUAGAUUUGGUACCAAAAUUGUUAAUGCAUAUGCUUGUUAAUGAGAUUAAAUCCUUUUUAAAAGGUGAACUAUUACCAAAUUUAUAUCAAGCUGGUGACUUAAAUUCAUUAAUGUCUGAAUCAUUGGGGGUUCAACAAAAACGCGAUGAAAUGGUCCGCGUUUAUGAUGCUAUGAAAGAAGCGUUGAAUAUUAUAAGUGAAGUGUCUAUGUCCACUGUAUCAACACCAAUUCCACCGCCAGUCAAUGAUGACUGGUUACAGAAUGAUAUUCCAGGCGGUUUAACUGCUCCUGGAUCUACAGGUACACUUCCUCCUCCUAGUCCAACAGCUAAUCGUCGUCCACCAGCACCACCUCCUCCUGGUGGAUGGAAUCCUACAAGUAAUACGGGUUCAAUCAAAGGCUCUGGUCCCAGACAAGUACCAUCAGUUCCUGCUAAAACAAGUUCUGGACAACUGCCUUCUCCAUUGAUUCCGCAACGGUUAUAUCCAGCUGACAUGUUCUCGAUCGUGAAAGAUUCCAAUUCUCCUGGAUUAAUUAAUUCUAUGACAAGUUUCCCACUAGUACCACCAUCCAUUCCUGCGCGUCGUUGAUAAGUCACAUCACUCAAACAAUGUUAUCAGAAUCCAUUAAUUGCAAUUAUUUAUUCUUAAAAUCAAUAUUACAUUUUCUUCUUCUAAUAAUAAUAUUAUAUUGUGAAAAACAAUUUCAGUUGGUGACGAUUUAAGUCAAGCAAUUAUACAUUUCAAUGUGUUACAUCAGUUAACUUACAUGCGAACCUCCAUGCACAUGGACACACGCAAUAUAUAUAUAUAUAUAUAUAUAUAUAUAUAUAUAUAUAUAUAUA